CUUUCGUGCCUUUCUAUACUGCAGUGCGCCUUUUAUAUCGUAUAUAUAUACCGCCGGACUCCCCAACACUUUGCAUAUACUCAGUCAUGUUCAGAUUCCUUCAUUAUUCGUGCCUUGAUUCCCUGCGCACUAACAUCGCGUAAUGUGGCUCUAACUGUCUCAUCCAGUAUGGCGGUGAACAGUCACACCAUAGCAUCAGCCUAGGUCAACCUCCAACCUGUAUGGCGAAGCGAUUUUGAGGCAGUUUUAUCUUUUGACAUUGUUUGCCGUCGCCGGAUGUUUUAAUCGGGGAGUGCCUUUUUUCACGGCAACAAAUGGCCAAAAAGGAGGACGAAUGGAACGGUCUCAGCCCUCAUACGAGAUGCGAAGUGUUGCACCAGUGGUUGAGCGACUUUCGCAUGUCAUCUCCGCACGCAUCUCUCUUGGAUCUGGCGUCAGGAGAAGCAAUUGCAGAAGCCCUGUGUCAAAUUGACCCGGAUUUCUUCUCUCCGGAAUGGUUCACUCAAAUAUCCAGGGACGUGUCUGCAGAAAAUGUACCCCUCAAGCGCCGGAAUUUGAAAAAGAUCGUCAACAAGAUCAAAGAGGGUUUCAUGGAAAGAUUUCAUUUCCAGCUUGUUGGCUAUCAGUUUCCGCGUGAAGAUGCCAUCCUCGCUUCUGAUGAACUCGAGCUAUCCAAGCUUUUGCAAAUGGUGUUGACGUUCGCUGUGUACUGCGAAAAGCAAGAGGUGUUCAUCGACAAGAUCCGCCAAAUGGAAGAAUUCCUCCAGGGCGCCAUCAUGAUGGCGAUCACGAAUAUCCAGGCCCACCUGGAGCAACUAUCGUAUGGUCAGAUGCCGUCGCUCAAGGCCAACUACCCGAACGCGAGCCUGCAGCUGCAAAAGGCACACGACGAAGAACGCGACUUGUAUCUGAUGUGCGAAGAGUUGAAGCAGUCGUUGUCGCAGGUGCGGGAAGACAACGCCAAGCUGGCCUCGGAACGGGACUUCCUGGCCAAGAAAUUGGACGAGCUGAAUCGGAUGGUCGGUGGUUCGCCGCAGAGCGUGCCGCAGCUCAAGCAGAAGAUCAAAGAGCUCGAAGACCUUUUGGACAAGGAGUUCAGUGGCAAGGAGACCCUGGGCAAGUCUGUGGGUGAACUGGAGCGCACGAACCGGCAGCUGCAAAAGACCAACUCUCGGCUUUCCGAAGACAUCCGGGCCCUGCAAGACGAAGUGGACGUACUGCGCGAAGGCCGAGAGAAGCUGAUGACGCUAGAGAAGAGCGUCGCGACGCUGUCGUACGCUGCCGAAGAAGUGGGGUCUUUGCGCGGCGUCAUCAAGGACCUGCGAGGCCAGCUGGACGAGGUGCUCAAGGACAAGAUCCGGUUGGAGGAAGAGGCCAAGGUCGUGCCGCGGAUUCAGUCCGAGCUGGACCGCGUCCUGGCCGACAACAAGCGGCUGGAGAAGCAGGUGGAAGACGAAGCCUCGUUCAGCGGACGUGAUCGACAGGAGCUGAAGCAGCUCAAGCAACGCCUGGAAGUCGUGGAGAAGGAGAAGGACGCUCUUGUGGUCGAACGGUCGAUGUUGCAGCAGCAAGUGGCCGACUUGGAAGGUGGCGGCGGCGGAGGAGGGGGAGGAAUUGGAGGCGGGGGACUGAAAUUCGGCGGCUUGCUGGCCGAGACUGACCCGGACACGCUCGAGAUCAUACCCAUUGCAGUGCGAGAGAAGAUGCUGCGGCUCGAGCACGACGUGCACCAGCAGGCCAGCCGGAUCAGACAGCUGGAGGUUGAGCUGGCAAGGACUCCUGGCCCCGUCAUGGAUGACUGCAGUGCUCGACUGCAGGACCUGUUGGACAAGAAGGACCUGGAGAUCCAGGAGAUGGAAGAGCGAUACAAGAAGUACCUGGAGAAGGCCAAGGUGAUCAUCCGGAGUCUGGACUCGAAACAUUCCGUCACUGCCGGCGGCAUCGUGUCUUCCUCCUCGUCGACACCGGUGUCGUCGCUCAUGGAGCUCAACUCGUUGCGUAUGCAAGUGGUGCAGCGAGACAAGACGAUCCUGGCGUUGGAGGAGGAGCUGGCGGCUCUCAAGGCCACGAAGGAGAUGGAGGAACGGCUGAUGACGACGGCCUCCCGUUGCUUGCCGGGGAUGUCGGAGUGGGGAACACGCCGUUGUCGGGAUAAGACGCCAGCGUUUCGCUUGCAUUCCGUGAGCUCUGGAGGUGGAAGAGAAGCAGUGACCGGUGUUCUGCGAGCAGCAUUCAAAAUGUCGGUCAUGCAUGCGAGGAGGAAAGCGAGUCCGGAUGCCUUUUUCUUCACCGACAUACUUGAGACGAGGGCGAGGGUCGUGUUUGAGGCCGUAUCGGCAUCGUUGGACAAGGAAAGGUAUUUCCUGCAAAGCAUGACGUUGGAUGAAGCUGUGAGGAGUCCGUGGCAGAAAGAGUGUGCCUUCGUCAUCCUGUGGACGCGGAAGGCGCCGGAAAUGGGCGACUCUUUUUCCGAGCUCGUGCCCAAAUUGCGGGACCAUUUGUUGGACGGUGGCAACGUGUUUAUCCGCGCUUCAGGCGGCAAAGACUUUAUCGACGUCAAGGAGGCGUUGAUUGGAACCGGUGGUGACGGGCGUUUCGUGGAUACUGGUUUAAAUCUCUUCCCUGAAAGGAUCGUUCAUCUUGACGUUGUUAGUGAAGAUUCCUUUUUUCUGUUUCGUGACAGCGACGCGGAUAUUCAAGAUGGGCGAAAUGUUACUGUGGCUGCCCUUAACAAAGCAGGGUUUUGCUGUGGCCAUGAAUAUAAGGAGGAUGCGGUUGAAGUUGAAAAAUAUGAACCACUGGCGUGGUUCUCGGAAUCGGGUGCUCUUCCGCGAGGAAACCGUUUCAAGCUGGAAACUCGUCCAUUUUUCACCGGUGCACUUUUCUCGUCGGAUAAAUACUAUGCCGCACUCAAAACGAGAGUGAUUGGUCGUGAUGUAGCUCUCACGAAGCUGGUUUCAUCCACGAUGGAUGUAGUGGAUGACUUGCAGGUACCCCACGGAAGUGCGGUAAUAGCUGAACUUCAAAACUCUGGCAAAGGACGGGGCGGAAAUAAAUGGAUCAGUCCACUGGGCUGUGCCAUGUUCUCUCUUUGUCUGAAAGUCGAUUUGGAUUCGGCCGUCUUCAAACACGCUUCGUUUGUUCAGCACAUUGCGGCUGUCGCCGUUCUCAAAGGCUUGCGCGCUUUGCCCCUUUGCGAGGAUUUGGAUGUCUGUUUAAAAUGGCCGAAUGACAUCUACCUUGGGGACCGUAGCAAGAUUGGUGGCAUCCUUGUGAAGACCUCCGUCUCGGGUUCUUCCGCAGUUUUUAACAUUGGUGUUGGGGUAAAUUUCUUGAACGAGUUGCCCACGACUAGUGUGAAGAAUGCCUUGGGUGAGGCUGGGGAUCAGCUGCAGUUUGAGCACUAUUUCGCCUCAGUGUUCCUGGAAUUCGAGAGAAUCCUGGAAGAGAUCGCGGUGGGCAAUUGGGCAGUUCGUGAAGAGUACGUCAACUCGAUGCUCAUGAGGGGCUCUGUUGUCGAAGCACAAGUGGGCACCGGGGAUGCGGCCACAAUGGUGGCGGGGACGGUGGAAGGGAUCGACGGGCACGGGUACCUCACCAUGCGUCUGGAACACGGGGAAAUCCUCUCGUUAUUCCCCGACGGGAAUCGGUUCGACAUAACCAAAGGACUCAUUGUCCACAAGUUGAUUGAUGUUGACGGGUCGAGAGAAAAUAGGGAUACGUGUCCUUGCUUACUUCAUCCUUGUCUGAAUGGAGGAGAGAAACAAAGCAAUUUUGAGGCUUGCCUUCCCAGCGAGUCGCGUUUUGGGCAAGUUCUUCGGCAACAAGGAGCAAUUGGAAGGUCCGGCUUGGAAUGUGUGGGAGAAUCAGUGCACCUUGUGCACCAGAUUGCAGAUGAGGUGUUUGCCCCGCAUGCGUGGGACCCGCGCCAGGAUCCGCUAGCACACUGCGUCAAACGAUAUGUGGCGUCCAAUCUGCUGCGGCUUUCGUCGCUGCUGAAAGUGAUUCAGACGGCGCGACCAGCUAAGCCUGCUGAUGUCGAGUCAGUUUUGCUGCGCCUGGAGACGCAGUUGCGGACAGUCGUGUCCUCCUGCCCAGCCGUGGUGGCCGGAGUGCGGGACGCCAUGAAUGUCGCCAAACACGACCUCAUAUGUGACACGGAAGUGAGACAGAAAGCACUGGGUUCGCCUACUGGUGCGCUAGUGGCGACCGAACUAGAGUUGCUCGCAGUUGAGCUCGGCUCUGAAUACCGGGAAGACGUGGAGUCGUUGCGGGACUGCGUGCGUGUGCUGGACGCCUUGCUGCUACUUCAGGCGCCAACGGUGGCAACUGGCUGCAAGGCCGAUCCCACAACGCCGCUGUCGUCUCCAUCAGAUUCGACAUUGGUCUUGGCCGAGGCCAUGGCGAAGGCCAAGACCGUGCUGCAGAGGGAACGAGAAUCGGCGAAACAGCUUCAAGAGACUCUGGUUGCAUUCAAACAUGCCAAGGCGCAGAAGGACAGGCUUUUGAAGGAACGGGCAGAAGCUGUGUCCGCCAUGGAUGAGCUGAUUUGUGUUGCAGCCAACAUGCAGAAAGAACAAGCCAGUGUGAAGGAAACUGCUUGGAGAGAAUUUUGGACAGAGGACGAAGCAAGACUAGAGCUCAUCAGGGAUUUUAUGUCCUGGAAACAGUGAAUGGUUUUGUGUGUAUAUGCCUCUCGGGUGCCUUGAUGUUUGGUCCAGAUAAAUUUCAUAAUUCUCUAUGUGCAUCAUUUUUUUUUUCGUAUUGUAAUUCUUACGAAAUCGACAAAUGCUUGGAAUCAAGUACAGGCAACGAUCAACAAUUUGCAACUGAAAUGUAUAAUAAAAGAAGGCUCGAAAGGUUGA